AUGACUUUUCUUCCCAUCUCCGCGUCGCUUCUCGGCCUCGCAGCUUCGGUUUGGGGCUUGAGCUUUAACAUCCCGACAUCCCCGCCUCCGAACUCGAGUGGGCAGCUCUCUGCAGCACCAGUUGGUGUAUCCCUGGAAUUUUUCACCUUCCCGGAGUACAUGGAAGAUGUCGCAUCAACUAAGACUUGUCUCCAAAAUCUGAAGGAUUUAACGGGGACUUGGCCUCGUUUGAGAAUCGGAGGCACGACUCAGGAUCGCGCGACGUACGACAGUUCAUUAACCCGUUCUGUCGAUUACACAGUGGCUAGCGCAGGUGAUGCGCCAGAGACUCUGACGUACGGACCGUCCUUUAUUUCUUUAGCAGCAAGCUAUGGCGGAGAAGUCAUUUUCGGACUGAAUCGCCGCUUGGAUAAUAUCGCCAACACAAAAUCCGCUGCCCUUCUUGCCCGGCGUAAAAUGGAUAACCUGUACGCCAUUGAGCUUGGAAAUGAGCCGACCUUCUACUCUAAAAGCGAUCCUAUUGCUCAUGGCGCGUCCUGGACAGCUGCAUCAGAUGAAGCAUCCCAGAUCAGCUGGCAAGAAGCGGUGUGCGACUAUCUUGAUGCAUCUGAUCUCAUCUCCGCAGGCGUCUACUUUGGCACUUCGAUGAGCGUCGCCGGUCUUACCGCAAAGGAAGGCUACGAGAAUAAAUUUGUCAAGGAUUACUGCUCUCACAACUAUCCGCAGGGGUCUGGUUCCUUCAACCUCCCCAAUCUCAUGGGUCACAGCCACAUUGCUACCCAGAUCAAGCCCUUUGCGGCUGAGGUCUCUGCCGCUCACAGAAUGGGCAAGCCCCAUAUCUUUGGAGAGACUAACUCUGCAACACAAGGUGGAGGUGGCGUCAGCCCGACUUUUGGUGCUGCCCUCUGGAUCCUCGACUAUGUAAUGCAAUCUGUGAUCAUGGGCACAGAUGCCCUCUACUUCCACCAGGGGACCGUUGGUAACUGUCAAUACUGCUGGUGGGGCCGCUACGAUGUGGGAUCUCCUUACUACGGUGCUUACUUCGCCGCCAUGGCGCUUGCCAACGCCGACCGAAUUGCGCCUCUAGACAGUCAAGACACACCCUACGCCGCGUACGCCAUUUACAAAUCCGGAGCUCCUGUUCGGGUCCUUCUUUACAACUCCGACUACUAUGUCUCUUCCGACGGCACCCGUUCAUCACAGACAUACAAGCUGUCCGGAAUUUCCUCCUCCAGAGUCACUGCUAAACGUUUGACUGCUCCACAUGCCACAUCUCGAGUUGACCAGGGUGAAAGCCCGACCAUUGCUGGUCAGACAUUUGCCAAUGGCAAAUGCACUAUUGAGGGGACAGAGCGCAUAGAGACAGUCUAUGUUUAUGGGGGAGAGGCAACCUUCACUGUUGCGGCUUCCGAGGCGCUUUUGAUUUACCUGUGA